CAGAGUGUCUGGUUCAGUCGAGGUUGCAGGCGACGACAGCAAUAGUGGAGGAGCAACAGGCGGAGGAAGAAGUGGACGGCGGGGCCGGGGCAAGGGAAGGAGGAUGGGGUCGGGGAUGAUGGCUUCUCCUUCCUUUGUCUUUGUUUCUGGUGGUGGUGGUGCUGGCGGCGCCGGUAGUCUUAGCAUUACCACCGUUCCCGCCAUCCCCCAACGACUCCCUAUGGUGGCAGACGGCGUCCGGUCCCCCUUGGGUAGCAGAUUCCUCCGCUUCCCAAGAAAUUCCUGUGUCCGCCGCCUCCUCUUCCUCCAUGGACAUCACCGCUCGCUGUCCCGUCGAUUUAUAUGCGGAAUGAGCAAUUCAGACAUGAUAUCACAGUUGGAACUUGGGAAGCCUGAUGAAAAGCCAGGGAGAGGAAGUCGUGUAAAUGGAGUAUUUUGGAUUUUGCUUCUGAACUUGGGCAUUUAUGUAGUCGACCAUUGGUUUCAGGUGAAUACUAUGAAAUCUCUAUAUCUAAAUCAUGCAUGGCCUCAAUGGUACCAAUUCAUAACUGCAACAUUCUGUCAUGCCGAUUGGAACCAUUUGUCAAGUAAUCUUUUCUUCUUAUACAUUUUUGGAAAGCUCGUUGAAGAGGAUGAAGGAAGCUUUGCUUUGUGGAUAUCAUAUCUGCUAACAGGUGCUGGAGCCAACCUUGUGUCAUGGCUUGUUCUUCCUAGAAAUGCAGUUUCCAUUGGAGCUUCUGGGGCUGUGUUUGGUCUUUUUGCAAUCAGUGUCCUGGUUAAGAUACGUUGGGAUUGGCGGAAGAUACUUGAAGUACUUAUAUUAGGUCAGUUUGUUCUGAAAAAGGUGAUGGAGGAAGCACAAGCUUCGGCAAGGCUACAGGGCACCAUUUUUGGAGGUUACUCACUGCAUAACAUUAAUCAUAUUGCGCAUCUUUCUGGCGCUUUAAUUGGUGUUCUUCUCAUAUGGCUACUCAGUGGGAUUCCCAGUCGACCUUCAGCUCAGGAUACACAUGGCUUGCGUAGAAGGGCAGAUAGCACUUGAGUGCAAGAUGGUUCUCAUUCAUUGUAAACGAUCAUUACAGGAGUCUUUUUUGGCUGGAGGCAAAUGUCGACUGUAAUUGUUUACUGGUGUCCUGGAUUGGAUGUGUCAGAGAGGAAAAUUAAUUGUAUGCUUCUUUAUGUAAAUGGCAAUUAUCAAAUUUCUAAGAAGCUGCAGUAAGUACACGGAAUAGUACA